CAAAAUUUUAAUCCAUGGAUUAGCUUACGCCGGCGUAAGCAACGCUAGCCUUUACGCGGUGUGUGAACAUACCCCAAGGAGGGCUGGUCGGAAGAUUCAUUUCAAAAGAACCACAUUGACCAAGAUCAGCAGAUGUUUUAUAUAUAGACAAAUCAAAAACUGAAUACAAAAAAACAAGAGUUUAGCCUACCGUGGUGCUAUUUUAUAGAAUAGGCUUAAUGCCAGUGUUAGAAAUGCACUAAACCUUGCCAAAUUCAAAUAGUUUAUUUUAUCUCGGUUGUAUAUUUUAACAGUUUACAUAUUAUUUUUUUUCUAAUAGUUUACUCCAACUUUGAAAUUAGUUUUUUGUUUGUUCAGCUCAGCUGUUCUACGUGCCUCUUACCAUAUGCUUAUUUUUUUAUUUCAUUUAGAAUUUGAAGAAUGAGAUUCAGUCUUGCUCCCAAAACAACUCAAUGGGCAAAUUUUGUGAUGGCAGGUCCAUGUGUCCCAGUUUCUCACAUACAACAAAUACAUCAAUUGAGGGAAGGCUACCAGAUGAACCAAUACAAAACGUUACUAUAAGUCAUUACAGUGCACAAUAUAUUCAUGAUGAUGGUUAUGUUUUAUCUAACACAUUCACUGGUCUUAAUAUCUCAUUUGAUUUGGAUCCAGCAGGAUAUGGUCUUUAUCAAGGAGCUAUCAUCGAGAUUACAGGAAUUGCAUUUCAAAGAACGCAUUUUGGUCAAAGAGGUUGCUUUUUUCUAAGUUUUGAUGGUGUCCUCAAUAGGUCUGCUGUAAUCUUGUCAAAUAAUAAAAUAAAACGAAUAUUCUUUGACUGUGCUAGGCAGCUUGCACCAGCAACGACAUACCUUAUUACCAUCAAAAUGGCACCAUUUUUAUCCAAAGACUUCAAAAUCUAUUAUCAGAUACCAA